GUUAUCGCCCGCCCAUUUCACACCGUUUCUUUAUUGCAUUGGUUUUACCACGGAGCCAAUAUUCUGAAUCUUUUCGAGAUCUUCACUUCUUACACUUCUUUGCUGGCUGAGGAUGGGCUUCAGCUCGGCUCUGCAGGGCCGCGCCAGCCACGAGGCGCUGCUGUCGCGCCAGGACUGCGAGCUCCGCCUCAUGGACACCAUCCGACGCUGCCUCCAGCUGCGUGUCAAGUGCGACCGCGAGUACGCCGCCGGCCUCACGCAGGUCGUGGCGCAGGCGCAGAAGUGGGAGCGCGCCGAGGACAUGGCGGGCAGCCUCAUCGCUCAGGCCUGGUCGACGAUGAUGGACGAGACCGAGUCGCUGAGCCGGCUGAUCCGCGCCAACGCCGAGACGCUGGCCACGGGGGGUCAUCGACAAACUCAACGUGCUGACGACUGAGAAGCGGGCCUCGCGCAAGAUCUACCAGGACGAACAGAGCCGCAUGGCGUUCGAGAUUAGUCGG